GGGGCUGGGGGAACUCUUUGAGAGCGGGGCCGGAGCCGCGGAGGCGGCAGAUACGGCCUUGGGGGUGGGGCUGCUAGAGGGAGGGUCGGGGUGCGAAGGGCGUGCGCGUUUCCAUAGUGAAUCCAUUAGAGGCUGAGGCGUUAUUGGAGCCCGGGAGCUGCCGAUCCGCUCCUGCUCUGUCUCUGGGUCUGCCUGCCUCUCAUUAUGUGUCAGGGGAGGCUCGGCUGCAUCCAGCCUGCGCGCCUCCCACCUCUACUGUUGCAGUGAUGCUGUUGCCGCCGCUGCUGCUGCCGCCACUGCUGCUGCUGCUGUAGCUGCUGCUUGCUGAUCCCCACUUCCAAAUGAAGAGCGAUGCCACAGUGUCUGGCCACCACCCUAGUGAUCUGUUUGGGAGACAAAGCCCUAGCGUGAGCGUCUCCCCUCACUCCUAGUGCUCUCCAGCAGCCCCAGGUGCCUGGCACCGGAUGAAACUACUGCUAGGAACCUUGCUUCAGCGCUGAUCAUAGGUUCCAGCACCUCUCCUGAUCCCGACCUGUGGAUUUUUGUUGAUAACUUCUGCACCUCCAUCCCCCUGUGAUUCUCGUGCCCCAGGUCAUUAGACCUCCCCUGACAACAGUUUGGGGGAAAACAGAAUGAAAGAAGGCAUGUCUAAUAACAGCACAACCAGUAUCUCUCAAGCCCGAAAAGCUGUGGAGCAACUCAAAAUGGAAGCCUGUAUGGACAGGAUAAAGGUCUCCAAGGCUGCAGCUGACCUCCUGGCAUACUGUGAUGCCCACAUCCGAGAAGACCCACUUAUUAUACCAGUGCCUGCAUCAGAAAACCCCUUCAGAGAGAAAAAGUUCUUUUGUACCAUUCUCUGAGUCCAUUUAUAAUGCAAGCAUCCCCUUUUCUGUCUGUGAAAACCUCCCCUAGAAAUUAUGCAUGCUUUUAGCAUUAGAGGAUAAUAGAGAAUAUGACUCUCCUGCUGCCUAACUCAAAAUGGCCUAGGGUGCUGUGCUUUUUAAAUUUAUUUAUUAAAGAAGCAGUGUACAUUUUUACAGUAAAUGCUACAUGUGCCAAGUAGAAUUCAAUAUGGGUUUAGGGGUUGGGUUUUUUUUUUGAAUCAUUAUAAAUUCCAAAGUUUUAAAUGCAUUAAGUUAAUUUAUUUCAGUGAACAUGAAUAUUGAGUACUGUUGUUUUUUUCAGGAAGGAAGAAAAAUGGCAGCCAAGAAUCUUCAUUAUAUAUCCAAUUAAAGACCUUUUGACCCACUAACUAUACCAUUUUUAUUUCCUUUCCUGGAGAGAGUGUAAGGCCUAGCUAAUCUAGAGGGUCUCUAUUUCCUGCUUUCCCAUCCUCCUCCUCUUUGAGAAAGAAAAAUGAGAAUUGGCUUGUUCUCCCUCCUUUGCACCCUGUGGAGGCUCCCGGGCUCUCUGAAGUACACCCCCACCCCUCUGUGGAUGGACCUUUGUCUUUAUCAUAGCACUGCCUGCUGUUAGUUGUUCUAUAAACGACCCUUCUUGUAGAAUGUUGAGUGAACACUGUAGUAAAUUUGACUAUAAAUCCAA